UGAUCGCAAAACUUUAGUUUAAAACAACACUUUCAAUAGGAAAGAAGUGCUUUUUAUAAUUAAAUAUGUGGAAUAAAUUAUUCACCAUCCUUGCAAUCAUUGCAAUGGCGACAGUUUCUCACUCUGCCGACUUGAAAUGCAACUGGAUUGACGAAUUUUGUACAUUGCCAACAAUAACUGGAGUAACAAAUGCAAAUGAGGUUAUUAAUGUUGUGUCUAAGCCAGCGAAUUACGUGAAUACAGCAACAACAUUUAUGAGUUUCAACUACACUGUCAUUUAUAAAAUUCCAGUCAAUGUUUUCAAUAUUUUUAAAAAUUUAAAUUCUUUUGGUCUUAAUUACUGUCCAAAACUUACUUUGACGACAGAUGCCUUCAUUAAUUGUGAUGCCCUGAAGUAUAUACAAAUCUCUUAUACUGCUAAUAUAACUUAUGUUCCUGAAGGUUUUGCACAGAAAUGUGUAAAUUUAUUAGGAGUAAGACUAGAUUAUAAUGGAAUUGAUUAUGUCGAUAAAAAUGCAUUUAAAGGUUUAUCAAAGUUGCAAGUAAUUUGGCUCAAUGGCAACCGAAUUACAUGCCUUCAUCCUGAUUUAUUUCAAAACACGCUUGCCAUACAAGUUCUUUACUUGCAGUUUAAUAAAAUUACUGCAAUUGAUCAAAACUUAUUCAGGAAUCUACGAAUUAUAACUUCUGUUAAUCUGUCAAAUAAUUUAAUUACCCAUUUACCACCAUUAAUCUUUCCUGCAAACCCACUUCAACAAUUCCUUAUUGUUUUCUAUAUCAAUCCAAUUGCUGCAAUUAAACCUGACUUCUGUAAUACUUUUGCAAACAGACCAUCAACUUCAUUAGAUUCUAUUAAAUUUCAAUCGGGUUCAUGUUUUCCAACAUCAAAUACAGUUUAUACAAUAACAAAGCAAAAUUGUCAGACAGUUGCAAGUUAUUUUCAAGGAUGCUACUCGAAAUGGACAUCUGCAAUGUCUGUUGUUGCUCAAUGUGAAAUGCCUCCAAUGUGUAUAUCACCAGAACUUUAUAUGAAAUUCUUGGAGUUCAUGAAAACAAAUCCUUAAUCUAGACUCGAAUCAUCGUUAAGGUGUGUUAAGGAGCGUUAGAGAGUCUGCUGUAGUGAUGUUUAACCUCCUUUAUUUUUGCAGAUUUUUAAUAAAUAAUUUUUUUUCUCAAUAAUUUCAUGUUAUACUUAAAAAGUUGAGAGGCAAUUAACAAAAAAAAUAUGUUUAACAAUUCUUAAAACAGUUUCUUUGUUUGUAUUUAUAUGUUUCUAAAAAAAAUCAUGUAAAAAUUUUACAUGUUCCUAAAUUGAUCAGCAUUUAAUAAUACGUAAAAUAUAAUGUAUUCCAUUAUUCUUCAUUAUCAAUAUUGAAAAUAAAACUUUGAACUUUGAAUAAAAA